GAGAGGCGCGGCGCGAGGCAUGCCGCACACAGGACAGGCGGGCGUGAACCAGCUGGGCGGCGUGUUCGUGAACGGGCGGCCGCUGCCCGACUGCGUGAGGCGCCGCAUCGUGGAGCUGGCGCUGAUGGGAGUGCGACCCUGCGACAUCUCGCGGCAGCUGCUGGUGUCUCACGGCUGCGUGUCCAAGAUCCUGACCCGCUUCUACGAGACCGGCUCCAUCCGACCCGGCUCCAUCGGCGGCAGCAAGACCAAGGUGGCCACGCCCACAGUCGUCAAGAAGAUCCUGCGCUUCAAGCAGGAAAACCCGGGCAUGUUCGCCUGGGAGAUCCGAGACCAGCUCCUGGCGCAGCGCAUCUGCGACCCGCACUGCAUCCCCAGCGUCAGCUCCGUGAACCGCAUCCUGCGCAACAGCGCCAGGCCCCAGCACGAUGUCCGCCGCAUCCUGCACAACAGCGGCACCUGGACCGAGGCGGACCUGGUGUCGCAGCCAGGCCCCAGCACGAUCCGCAUCCUGCACAACAGCGGCACCUGGACCGAGGCGGACCUGGUGUCGCAGCCAGGCCCCAGCACGAUGUCCGGUACCUAG